AUGAAGAUAAAAUUUAUAAGCACUUUAUUAGCAGUUUAUGCUAAUCUUAUCUUAAUUCAAGCUUUCUAUGGUCCAAAAGAUAAUGUUGUUGAAUUAACGCCACAAAACUUUCGUAAUGCUAUUCUUGAUUCAGAUCAACUGGUUGCAGUUGAAUUUUAUGCGCCUUGGUGUGGACAUUGUCAACGCUUAGCUCCUGAAUGGAAAAAAGCUGCUACUAAUCUUAAAGGACUUGUUUCAGUUGGUGCUGUCAAUUGUGAUGUAGAAACAAAUAAAGGACUUUGUGCCACAUAUGAAAUCAAAGGCUUUCCAACUAUUAAAGUGUUUAGUCCUGAGCUUAAAAGAGAUAAACGUACAGGUCAACUUACGAAAGUUCCUACAGAUUAUCAAGGACCAAGAGAUGCUAAAUCAAUUGUGGAUUUCUUAUUAUCAUAUCAACCUUCUAAUGUUUUAUUUGUCAAGUGGAAUGAAAAGGAUGUAAAGUCAAAAAAGAGUAUAAGUUUGGACAGUUUCUUACAAACAAAGAAUGAAAGUCUUUCAAAAGUUCUCUUAUUCACAAACAAGCCUACUACCACACCUUUAUAUAAAGCAUUAUCUGUAGAUUUCAAGGAUCGUUUAUUAGUUGGAGAAGUUAAACAUUCCGAAAAAAACAUUAUCAAAGAGUUCAAUAUUCAAUCAUUCCCUACUCUUGUUGUUAUUUCACCUGAGCAUGGUAUUCUCAAAUAUGAAGGCAAAUUAAAUCAUGAAAGCAUUAAAGCAUUCUUAAACAAACAUGCAUUACCCAAAAAUCAAAAGAAACCUGAGCCAGUUUCCUCCAAGUCUUCACCUAAACAACAAAAAGAACCAAAGAAAGUUAUGUCUUUGGUUAAUGAUGAGUUAUUAAAUAAACAUUGUUUAAAUGCAAGCAGAAACACUGUCUGUGUAAUUGCAAUGACAGACGAAGACAAUAGAGAAAGUGUUUUAGAAACUUUGAAUUAUCUAAAAGAUAGAGUAAAAUCUGAGGCCUUUAGUUAUGAAUUUGGAUGGAUUCAUGCCGAUCAAUCAAAGGAUAUCAUAAAUACUUUGCAAAUGACUGAGGACUAUCCUUCUAUCUUUAUCUUAUACCCUCACAAGCAUCUUUAUAGAAAUUAUAUAGGUUCUUGGAGUGAGAAUAACCUUGAAAAAUGGUUAAACCAAGUAGGCUCAGGUCGUAUCCAAGCCUGGCCAUAUAAAGGCUCUUUAAAGUUGAGCAAAAAGCUAGAAAAGAAAGAUGAGCCUAAUCAUGAUGAAUUAUAA